UUAUUCUCAUUUAAAUUACAACACACAUUAGAGCAUUCGAAUUAUCUAAAUAUUUAUAUUUAAAAUGAUUGGGAAAAUAAGUAUCGUGUUAAUUUUUCUUGUUAGAUCAAUUGCACCUGGUGGAGAGCAACAAGACUGUGAAACAAUUCCAGCCACUGCAGAUAUUUUUGCUAAUUAUGUGUUAAAACUUGAUGAAGAAAAGGCAGAAUGUCUUGCAGAAUUAGCUCAAAUCGAAUCUGUUGCUGAUAUGCUUCCUUUUGACGAAUUGAGUCAGCAGCUUUUUGAUAUUUAUGAUGAAUGCAAUCAGGAAUUUCAAGAUAUAAUUAUUGAAACAGCAACCUUAUUAAGCAACAUUUUAGAAAAGGAUUUCAAUGAAGUCAUUAAUAUAGUUAACCAAGGAACUGCAUCUAUGCAAUUUCCUUUAAUGUGUGUGGAGAAUGAUUUGAAAACACUCUUUCCUGAAAUGAUGACAAGUGACAGCGAUAUUUAUGAUAAAGUAGAAGAAAUUCUUGAAAAUAACAUGCCUUCACCACAACCAUAAUUGAGGAGAGGUAACUAACAUAAAACAAGAAAUGAUUUCGAAUAAAUUGAAUUAAAUAAAAUUGAUUUUUCUUUUUCUGUCUCUCGAAUCAAAGAA